CCCUACGACGUCGUCGGUGACACACGGCUUGGUCCGCCAGGGAAAACGCCACCUGACAAAAAUUGCGAGCUAGGCCAGCACGGCACGGCUGCACCUCGGUCGCAACCUUGCUUGUGUUCCUGGAGGAGGAGAGGAGAGGAGAAGGGAGGAGUGGCACUAGCCGCACUAGGGGGGGGCUUCUCCACCGGCGGCGAGGUGACGGACGGACGAUGGCUGCCCGGCAUGCCGUCGCCGCCGUCGUGCUCUUCUUCUUCUUCUUCUUUGGCCGUGCUGCCGCUGGCUCCCUGACGCGGACCAACGUCGCCAGCCUGCCGGGGUUCGACGGCGCGCUGCCUUCCCGCCUCGAGACCGGGUACGUGACCGUCGACGAGGAGAACGGCGCGGAGCUCUUCUACUACUUCAUCGAGUCGGAGGGGGACCCCGGCACCGACCCCGUCCUGCUAUGGCUCACCGGCGGCGACCGAUGCUCCGUGCUCAGCGCCCUCUUCUUCGAGAUCGGCCCGUUGAAGGUGGUCAUCGAGCCGUACAACGGCGAGCUCCCGCGGCUGCGCUACCAUCCCUACACUUGGACCAAGGUCGCCAGCAUCAUCUUCGUCGACUCGCCGGUCGGCGCCGGCUUCUCCUUCUCCCGGGACCCCAAGGGCUACGACGUCGGCGAGGUCUCCGCAUCGCUGCAGCUCGUCAAACUACUCAGGGAGUGGUUCAGUGAGCAUCCGGAGUUCCUCUCGAAUCCGUUCUACGUCGGAGGGGACUCCGGCGGCGGAAAGAUCGUCCCGUUUAUCGCGCAGAAGAUCUCGGAAGAUAUUGAAGCUGGGAUCAGACCGACGCCUAAUCUCAAGGGCUAUCUUGUAGGUAAUCCGGGAACAGGUGAAAAGGUUGACUUCGAUUCAAGAGUGCCGUAUUCCCACGGAGUCGGAAUCAUUUCGGAUCAGUUAUACGAGAUGAUAACGGAGAACUGCAAAGGCGAGGAUUAUGACAACCCCAGCAAUGUGAUUUGCCAGCAAGCUUUAUCCAGGUUUAACAGUCUAUUAGACGAAGUUUCGAAGGCGUACAUUUUGGGCAGGAAGUGUAUUUAUGUGUCCCCCAUACGGUACCACGAGACGUUAGACAGAGAGAUGUUGGAGAAGGAGCAUGGAGUACUGAAACAUCCACCUGCUCAGCCUUCAAUAAAAUGUGCAGAAUAUGCAAACUAUUUGUCAUAUUUUUGGGCAAACAGCAACGUCACACGAAACACUCUAGGAAUAAAAAAGGGCACCGUAAAUGAAUGGGUUAGGUGCCACGAAAAUGAUCUGCCAUAUGCCUUUGACAUCAAGAGCAGCAUAAAGUACCAUCGUAGUGUAACCCUAAAUGGUUACCGUGCUUUGGUAUACAGUGGUGACCACGAUGCGGUUGUACCAUUUCUGGGUACACAAGCUUGGGUGAGAUCACUGGGCUAUCCCAUUGUGGAUGACUGGAGAGCCUGGCAUAUUGAUGGCCAAUCUGCUGGGUUCACCAUAGCAUAUGGAAACAAUUUGACAUUCGCUACGGUAAAGGGUGCUGGACACACUGCACCGGAGUUUGAGCCGGAGAGAUGUUUUGCAAUGUUUUCGCGUUGGAUUUCCAACAUGCCACUUUAAUAAUGGAUGUACACUGGUCUCGACAUUCAACUUGCACAUAUGGUGGGUGGAAAUAGGAAUGUGGUGGGUGAGAAAAAUUCAUUUCUUUACGAAAUGUAUCAAAACAAGCAAAUAUGAAUUCUAAACAGUUUUUUUGAAAAUGAAAUUUCACCCAAUAUAUAAUUUUUGUGCUAAG